CUCUCUAUGUAGUUCUCUGUGUCUGAGUGCAGGUGACUAUAGCUGGGACCCAGGGUGUCUGUGAGGUUGUCUGGUACUGUGUACCUGUGGGUGAGGUGCACCCUUCUCCCUGAAGCACCGCUAGAAGUGCCCACAGAAGUGUUGCUGUUCUGUUGGAACCACAGCUGGAGCUGUGGCCCAGGGAAGACCUUUUCCUGCGAUGUUGAGUCCCGUAUAUCUGUCUCCAGGGCCCAGGCAGUCCCCCUCUGGGAAUCAGAACCAUCAGUGCUGGGCAGACCCCAAAGAGUUCAUCCCAAUCCUGGAGGUCUUAGGGGAGGGGUGUCCUGUGCCCCACCUUGUAUUGUUACCUCUUGCUCCAGAAGGAAGGGAUCCCAUAAACAUCCUGUGCAUAACUGGGCCACUGGAUGCUGAGGGCCACUUUCCAACCCGGUCCCAGCUGGCCUGGCCUGCUUGCCACUGAGACCUGUCGGACCAAACCACCGCCCACCAUGCUCCUGGGAAGACUAAGUGAAGUCAUGAGUAUAAAGCGCUCCUGCAUGGUAGUUACUCAGUAAAUGGUCUCUGUUCCUCACAUCAUGAGUCCGGGGUUGAGGAUGCUGCCUUGUGGGGUGUCUGUUCUCUGGGGCACAGGUACACGUGUGGCUCUGUAAGUACACGUGUUUCCAUGUUUAGGUAUGAACCAGUGUGGUCAGAGGUCACAUGUCCCACGUUCCUGGGAAUCCAUGGGCGUGUGUAUGUGAAAAGUCACGCAGUAAGGGCAUGUACCUGAGUGUGAGGGUGCGUGAGGCUGUGCUUGUGUGUGUCAGCGAGGCUGAGGAAAGCAGGUGUAUGUAGAUGAGUGCUCAGGUGUGUGAAGAUGUGUGAGUUGCCAGGGACUGUCUGUGUGCCUAUUUGCAGGUCAAAUGUGAGUCCAUGAGUGUCAGAGGGUAUAAGCAGGCCGGCAGCUGGAUGCCCGGGCCCAUUGGGUGGGCCGGAGGUCGCCUGCGGGAUGAGCAGAUUGCUGGGGGGGACGCUGGAGCGCGUCUGCAAGGCUGUGCUCCUUCUCUGCCUGCUGCACUUUCUUGUGGCCGUCAUCCUCUACUUUGACGUCUACGCCCAGCACUUGGCCUUCUUCAGCCGCUUCAGUGCCCGUGGCACUGCCCGUGCCCUUCACCCAGCUGCCAGCAGCAGCACCAACUGCUCCCGGCCCAACACCACUGCCCCCAGCUCUGGGCUCGCUGAGGCCCCCAGUGUCCGGCCCGGCUCCACGGCUCCCAUCCUGCCACCCUGUCCUGACUCGCCACCUGGUCUUGUGGGCCGACUGCUGAUUGAGUUCACCUCACCCAUGCCACUGGAGCGGGUGCAGAGGGAGAACCCAGGCGUGCUCCUGGGGGGCCGCUAUACGCCGCCUGACUGCACCCCAGCCCAGACAGUGGCAGUCAUCAUCCCCUUUCGACACCGAGAGCACCACCUACGCUACUGGCUCCACUAUCUGCACCCCAUCCUGAGACGACAGCGGCUACGCUAUGGCAUCUACGUCAUUAACCAGCAUGGUGAGGACACCUUCAACCGAGCCAAGCUGCUCAAUGUAGGCUUCCUAGAGGCGCUGAAGGAGGACGCCACCUACGACUGCUUCAUCUUCAGUGAUGUGGACCUGGUCCCCAUGGAUGACCGCAACCUGUACCACUGUGGCGACCAGCCCCGCCACUUUGCCAUUGCUGUGGACAAGUUCGGCUUCCGGCUGCCCUAUGCUGGCUACUUUGGAGGCGUGUCGGGCCUGAGUAAAGCCCAGUUUCUGAGAAUCAAUGGCUUCCCCAAUGAGUACUGGGGCUGGGGUGGUGAGGAUGACGACAUCUUCAACCGGAUCUCCCUGAGUGGGAUGAAGAUCUCGCGCCCAGACAUCCGCAUAGGCCGCUACCGAAUGAUCAAGCACGACCGGGACAAGCAUAACGAGCCCAACCCUCAGAGGUUUACCAAGAUUCAAAACACGAUUCUGACCAUGAAGCAGGAUGGCAUUGGGUCAGUGCGGUACCAGGUCUUGGAAGUGUCUCGGCAGCCGCUCUUCACCAACAUCACAGUGGACAUUGGGCGGCCCCCAUCAUGGCCCCCUCGGGGAUGACACUAAUGGACAAAGGCUCCCGUGCCAAGGAUUGCCUGCCAGAGGACUGACCUACAGCCUGGCUGGAGGCUGCUCUGUGGGGGAUCCCCAGGACUGAGACUGUGGGCUCUGUUUUUUGAGGGUCUUCAAUAGGCCCCCCCAGCUGCACCUGGAAGUUUCAGAACCUACUUUGGGGGGAGGUUUCCAUCCUGGGGAGGCCCCUCAAGUGUGGCCCGCUCUGGGGUCAACCUUCCUUUUUGCCCCUCCCUCCCCAUCCCAGCCCCCCGUCACUGUCAGGGUCGGGCCAGCCCCUGCACUGCCUCACCGAGUGGCCUGGGCUAGGUCACUCCACCUCUCUGUGCCUCAGUUUCCCCUCCCUUGAGUCCUCUAGGGCCUGGAAGAGUGGGAGGUAUGACUAGGGGGCAGUGCUGCUUCCAGGGGGAAUUGUCAGACAUGGGGAUCCCCCUUGCUCCCAGGGGAGGGGAAACCUUUUUCAUUCAACAUUGUAGGGGGCAAACUGGUGGCCCCCUACUGAGGAGCAGCCUCAGGAGGGGACCAGAGUGGGUGCUGUGUCGCUGCCUGGGAUCUUGGGGUUGGGAUUUGCAUGGGUGGCAGGUGGGGUUUGGAUCGGUAUGGUUCCCGCCUCCCUGUCUCAGAGGGAAGGCAUUAGCCCCAGGGCCAGCUCGUGUUUGUAUAUUGCACAGAAACUUGUGUGGGUGCUUUAGUAAAAAACGUUAUUGGA